CUAAUACUUUUGCCGUUCCCCUUAUACCGCAACCAAACAUGGCGAACUCUUUCAAUUUACAAUUUAGGUACUACUACUAUCCAGACACUUCUUCUGCUACAAGAAAUCUCUCUCUCUCUCUCUCUCUGUGUGUGUGUGUGUGUGUGUGUGUGACUGUGUGUGUAGUUAUGGCGGUUGAAGCUUACGCAUCACAGAACCCUAAUACGGUCCAUGCCGAUGUCCUCUCGAAAGCUAGACAAUCCUGCUAUAAGGCGCGCGACGCUUUCUAUGCUUGUUUGGAGAAGGAAUCGAACAAGAAGCCUACAGAAAUUGCAUCAGUGGGGCUGCUCUACCCGGUCGAAUGCAAGAAACCCAGGGAUCAAUAUGUCAAACAAUGCCGACCUACUUGGGUGAAGCAUUUUGAUAGGCAAUACUGUGCUAAGAAGAGGGUUCAGAGGCUGCUGGAUGAUAAUGAAGGCAGGAGAGGUCCGUUGUCACUUCCAUACACUUUCAAGCCCGCUAAUUGAUUUUGAAACACACGAGCACAAAUUCGUAGUUUGAGCUACAUGGUUUAACUGGGAAUCUUUGUUUUUUGUUGGGUGAAUUGAUGAAUAUGCUGUGUAAAGUGAUUAGAACUUGAUACCAAACUAGUUAUGUUUGAUUAGUCACCUAUGUAGAAGGAAUGUAAUUGUAACUUCUCUAAUGGUGAACUAUGGGGAUGCUUAUCCAUGCUUUAGUAUAUCGAUCUUGCUGUUUCGAUUCAGAAUGAAUAGUUUGGCUAUGAA